CCAUGGAUGAGAAUGAGCACAGCUCUUACGCUUUAGAAUGGACUCUUGACACCUUCUUCACCCCUUUCCAUUCUUCUUCUUCUUCUCCUUUCAGCCUUGUCAUCCUCUAUGCUCGCCCCUUCGCCCCCCUCCCCGUCAGUGUCGCCGGCCCUGACGUGCUUCCAACACUGGAGGUGCAGAUGAAGAUGGUUUCUGAUCAAAUUGCUGAAAAGGCUAAGCAGAUUUGUGCUGAUAAAUUAGUGGAAGAUGUGGAAGUGGAAGUGGCAGAAGGGGAUGCCAGGAAUGUGUUGUGUGAUGCUGUUGAUAGACACCGUGCUUCCAUCUUGGUUGUUGGCAGCCAUGGCUAUGGCAAGCUCAAAAGAGCGUUUCUGGGGAGUGUGAGUGAUUAUUGUGCUCAUCAUGCUAACUGCUCUGUGAUGAUUGUGAAGAGGCCAAAGUCCAAACAUUAA